AUGUGUGCCAACGCAGGGAAACACACGUUUUGAAGAAAGAAAAUCCAAACCAAAUACAAAUUUGAUUUGUUAUGUCAAUCAAACACACACAGACACACACACACACACACACACAAAACUGUUUAUAAUGUUCAUAGUUUAAGUGUUUUGUAGGUGAUCUUAACUCUUAGUGUGUCUUUAUCAGUCCCUGUGUUUUGCUGCAAUUGUUGGACAUUCUGUACAAAUGCGUUUACAUUUGAAACUAAAUAUGAUAUUUUGUGUAUGAUAUGCUAAAUGCAUCGUAAAUAUAAUCAGACUGGAAAUUAAUUGUAUGCAAUGUUAACUAGUGCUGUUCAGGAAUAAAAGAUGUCAAAUAUUGUAACACUUUCUGCAUUACUGAAAGUAAAAAUUGCAAUGUAAUGGCAUUCCAAAAUUAAAUGACCCCAUGCAACAAAGAAACGUGUUGUGUCACCUUGCAAUUCCCUUGCAAAACAAACAGUGUCCUUGAAAUGCAUUUCUUGUAUCUGCAUAACUGGUUUUAAGUUACCACAUGUUGUGUGUAUAUUUACCCAUAUUCAAUGCCGUUCAAAUCAGACAAGUUAAAAGUGUAUCAUUUAUUUGGAUUUCGUACUAUGCGGAAACCCUUUGGGAUGUGUAUAAAGCUCGUUGUAUGUGUAUAAAAAUGAAAAGAAACAACAAAUACCCUGAUUCAUUUCUUUAUGUUAUAUUCCAAAAUAAAUCAAUCAAUCAAUUCAAAUUCUCUAGGCUCUGUGGUCACUUUUAGUUGCAGUCAUGGUCAUACAGCUACUGGCCGACUUCAGCAAAGCCUUUUCUGCCUUGUAGGGUCAAACAAUGGGGAAUGAAGAGGGACUGGCAGUGGACAAUGUAUGCAAUUGUGUUUUGAUGGUGCUGAGUAAAAUGAGCCUCAGGGUGUAAGGGGUUCAGUCUAUUUUAGUGAGCCACUCAGAGGAAGCCAAAGAGGCCAUAAAAUUUGUCUGGGCUUCCUUGUGCACUGACAUUGUCACACUAUACUUGUUCCCUUGGAGUGGACUUUGGAAAAACAGGUAUGAACUAUUUGGCACAGCUAACGGUAAAAACAAUGCAUUUGAUUGCUCUAAAAAUAACAGAAUUACCCAUGAGAUAAAAGUGCUGACAUAAAAUUAAUGUGGAGUGUAGCCCAGAUAGUUUGGUCUUUGAAAACUUUGAUGAGAAAUGAUUGGUUACAUUGUUGAGAUAUCUUCUGAAGCUGUAGGAAAUUAAAGCAAAAGUCUCAAUUUGCACCCUGUUUAAUCUCAUUGCUGUCCAGAAGAAACAAUUGAGAUUUUUCAUCAUUUAUGACUUUUCUUUCCUACUUUUUUGGCUUUCUGAUUCUGGUACAUCCAUCAGGAAUCUAUUAGUGUGUGAUGUUGAGAAGUGGUGCUUUAUAUAUAUAUAUAUAUAUAUACAUUGAACAAACUAUAUACAUAGUUUGUUUAAGUGGCAUGUACCUCUAAAAUAAUGCUUAUGAAGUGCAAUAUUAUUUAGUAAUAACUGCUGCUUAUCAGUAAGUCACCAAUCUUUAUAUUUCAGGUUUUUGACUUUCAGAUUUUUGAUUUGCAAUUAGAAGGUCACAAUGUCAGAGUCGUAAGUAUUCUUUUAAGUUGUUAAUAUCUAUAUGCAUACAGUAUCUGCUCUCUUACUGUAAAUGUACAUGUUUAAAACAUCCCUACUUUUCAUAAAUUACUACUACUUUUACUCUUCCUUUUCAUAAAUUGAAAACUGCCAUUUUAGACAGGUAAGUGGACUUUACAACUUCCACUUUUUGUACAUGGCGAUUUCAAUUUCUUUAACAAAAUCCAAUAAAUGUGCUUAAAUUCUUUCAGCGACCCAAAUCUAAGAUUUCAGCUUCCAGGAGGUUGUUCUUAAAGACAAAGCUCCUGAAGAAAGCAACAUCUAUGCUUGUAACUGAAAAAGAAGAGAAGCAGAGGGAGAGAGAGACCACCUUGCGUGAAAGAGUGCCACCUCUACAGCUGUCCGGUCUGUCUGUUCAAGAGCUUCAGGCUCUCUGCAAAGACCUCCAUCAAAAGAUUGAUGUUGUAGAUGAAGAAAGAUAUGACAUCGCGGCCAAGGUUUCCAAAAAUGAAAAGGAGAUUACAGAUUUGAACAUCAAGAUUACCGAACUUAGAGGCAAAAUGAAGAGACCUGCACUGAAGAGGGUGAAGAUCUCUGCCGAUGCCAUGUUGGGCGCUCUUCUGGGCUCCAAGGUCAAAGAGUCUGUGGAUUUCAAAGCCAACCUCAAGACAGUCAAGAAAGAAGAGGAGAAGAAAGAAGAGGUGACUGACUGGCGUAAGAAUGUGGAGGCCAUGUCUGGAAUGGAGGGCAGGAAGAAGCUGUUUGAUGCUGGACAAUAGAUGAUUGCAACUACAUGAGAUCUGACAUCAGAAUUGAGGAAUUCACAAAAACAUCUUAAAAUAAAUGUAUAAAUCAAUGCAAGUUCAUAUAAUGCAAAUUCCAUUUUAAUAAUAGCUUACGUUCAUGGCUUCAUUUUAUGUUUUAUUUGAAAAGGAAACUGCAUGUUUUAAGUCAUUUAAGUCUUGAACUUACUUGAUGUGCUACUUAAUGAUUUAUGUGAUGUUCAGUUCUUUUUCUGUCUUUAAAAUAAAUACAGAUCAGAAAGGCUAAA